AUGUCGGAAAUAGGAAAUUUAUAUUUAACGCUAAUACUACUGACUUUUGGAGAUCAUUCCAAAGCAGAAUUUAAAGAAAAGUUAGGUAGUAUUAGCGAAGAAUUAAUCGAAUUGAUGUCUAACAAAUAUGACAUCUCCGUUAAAGACGAGACCGAUUUCAAUAUACGUUUUGCGACUAUUCCAAAAAUCUGA